GACUGGACACGGCUGUUUGUCAAAAGCAUACGAGAGCAUAUUUUGAUAUAUCGAUAUUUGUACCCCAUUUCUAUUUCAAACAACUUGGCUGUUGAAAGACGUAAAGUUUAGCACGCUAAUGCAAGGAUGUCCAAAGAAGAGGAUAAAUUCGACGGAUUGCUAUUAGCUAUAGCGGAAAAACAUACAGACGGGAUACCUCAGUUCUUAAACACGAUUGCCAGUUUCUUACGUCGGAAGACAGAUUUUUUUACUGGAGCUUCUCAGACACAAUGGGAAAAGUUGCUUUUAAGUGUUUUCCAUAAGCAGUCUAGUUUAGCAAUCGCGACUUCUAAUGAACUGAAGGAAACAUCUAUUGAUAUGGAUAUCACAAAGAAAAGGCUUAACAAAGACAACAGCAUGGUACUAUUUGGACCAUCUUGUCUAAUUAUUUUAUAAGGGCCUUCAAAUGGUAAAUCUAAUUUCUUUUUAUUGCCCACUUUUAAAUAAACGUGAUCAUUCACAGUAAAAUUUGCUUUAUUUAUUUUUGUUUGUUUUUGUCUCUCCCUCAUUUAACUUUCAUUUAAGUUUGUAGCAGCAUUGCCGUGUGCAAACUUGAGUUUCAUUUUCAAUUCAUUCAUAUAAUGGGCAACACUGCAACGUUGUUGACGUGUUUGUAAUCGCUCUGCGGUAAAUUAAAAAAAAAACAGCCGAAUUUUUGGGUUUUUAACCAGCGUUAGAGACAGUGACUUAAAUUGCAAAGUGCUAAUAAAUUGUGCUACUUCCAAGCACAAAAAUUUAUUACAUUUCGUUUAAACAAACAAAUAAAUAUAGCCAAGAGACAUAAAAGUGCAGUGAGGUGACAAAAACAAUAAGGCGCGAAAGUGGAUAAAUGCCAUAAGUGCAAGAAUCCAAUUCGUGGUGACAGCGGAAUCCGUUGCGUCGGUGUGUGUGGUAAAGGCAUUGGGACAAAAAAUGCUCUGAAUUGGAUGAGUACAGUUCGAAUGUACUCAAAGAAAACAACUUUGUGCGCUUUAUGUGUAACCAGUGUCACACAUACAUGCAUAACAUUGAUGAGGUGCUCCGAAAUAUGAACUUAACAAUGGAGAAAAAUAGUCAAUAGCUGACGGCGUUAAAAAGUAAAGCCAUGAUCUUUGCGAAGCCAUAGUGCGCAAUGAAAAGGAGAACAAAAAAAUAAAAUAAGCGAAAACAACAAAUUUAUUUACAUUAACACCGAGUCAGAUAUAAACCUAAUUGAAUAACCUAAACAAAUUAAAAAGAAAAAACUAAAAAUUCUAUUUAUUUGAUAUAAACAUUAAUUUAUUUCCACAUUUAUGGACACUCAUGGUCCUUCGAGCCAUGGUCCAUCUUCGCCAGGAAAUACAAACAGCCAGCAUACUAUAAUACAGUCCACUGAAAUUUUGCUACAUCACAAAGAGCACUUAUUCACAACUUAUUCAUAAAUACAUUGAUUGGAGCACCAUUUUUACACUGCGCAGAUCGCUUUGCCACAACAACUGGAGCACCACCACUUACCGCAAUCAUUUUCAAUUUUCAAAAGAACUCCGUAUUCACAUAUGUACAUAUAUAUGUAUAUAGCUGAUCGUAUAACCACACAUUGAAGUCAUAAACAACAGGAUUGUCAAAGGUACGUGGUUAACAUUUCUGCACUUUCUUGCACAUAUACAUACAUAUACGUCGAUUUGUGAUAGUGCUCAAAUCCGAUAUUUCGCGCAAAUACAAAAAAAAAAAUUAUAAAAAUAUAACUCGAGUGAUUUUGUGGAUUCAGUGUAUUAUAAAUCUAUUCAAUACUCGAUUGUGAACAUAUUAACUUACACAAGUGCUUGGUCACUUUUUACAUUACACUCACUGCGGCUUGUUAGUGUAACCAUUGCCUCAAAUUAAACUUCGGCACACAUAUUUUCUAUUAAAUUUCCUAAUUCAAACACUUUUCCACAUUUGCAAAGCACAUAUUCAAUUUAGUUGCACAUUGAAUCGGCUUUCAUUUUUUUUCGUGUCACAAAUAGUUUGAUUUGCUAACUCAUCACACUAACAACCACUUGAGUUUCGAGGAUCUUGACCACAUUUAUUAAUGCAUUUUGGUUCUGCACGGAUUCGAAGCACUUUAUCGCUGUAAUACCACAAAAUCACUAUUCGCGCGAUAUAACACCUCAAACAAAAAUAUACACCUUUUUGUCCACGUUCAAACAUUUAUAUUCUUUAAUUGUACUUUGAUGUGAGUUGGGUGGCGCCCAUAUUCUGCAAAUAAAUACAUACAUAAGUGCAAAUAUACACACGUAAAUUCAAAUAUCAGUACAAGAAAAAAAAAUAAUAAUAAUUCUGAUACGUUAUCAAUUAAAACUGUUCGUUUUAAAAUCUUUGAUUGUGGGGGGUUUUUCUUGGCUUCGCAUAGAGCUUUGUAAAAGGGUGUCAUUCACAUACCCCCUCUUAGUUUUUUACAUAAUCAUCCCAUAAAGCAUGGAUAAAUUUAUUCGCUUGGCAGACGCUGUCACCGAGUUUGAGGCCGACUACAAUGACACGGCCCAAACUGAUCACACUAAGUACACUCUUGCUAUUCAGCAAGAUGAACUUAAAGCCAUAUGGAGGAAGGUAAAGACAGCGUAUGAGGAACUAGUACAUUCCGAUAGGUUAGACGCCACAGGAGUCGCCACUGUGAAACCUAAGUACAAAAGUUCGUAUGCUGUAUACCUGCGCUGCAUGUCUAACAUGGCAGAACUCCAUGCAAAGUUAGUAAAGAAUGACAAUGAUGUAGAGGAUAUGUCCGCCCGAGAACAUAAUAUUCAACUACCGUCGUGUGAUACGGACGUAUUCAAAGGCGACUAUCUCUCUUGGCCGACUUUCCGAGACAUGUUUACGGCCAUAUAUAUACGCAACAAGCGCCUCACCCCUGUGGAAAAAUUGUUCCACCUGAACCAAAAAACAGAGGGGGAGGCCAGAGAGAUCGUGAGUAAAUGUCACUUAACUAACGAUGGCUUUCAAACUGCAUGGAAGAAUUUGAGUGAUAGGUAUGAAAAUAAGCGUAUCCUGGUAAAUACUCAACUCAAGAUUCUGUUUAACUUAGAGGCGGUAGAGAAUGAGUGUGGCAGCUCCAUUAAAAAAUUACAGCGCGAUAUUAAUAAUUGCAUCUCGUCCUUACAAUGUCAUCAAAUUGACAUCUCAAACUGGGAUGCAAUUAUUACAUAUCUAUGCUCGACUAAGUUACCAGAAACUACAUUAGCGUUAUGGGAGCAAACAAUUGAAAACAAAACUGAAAUAUCAAAGUGGGUAGACAUGAAUAAAUUUCUAUCACAACGAUUUCAAACUCUAGAAACCGUUUCAGACAUUAGAGGCAGUAAAAAUUACCCAACUACAUUACCGCACAAUAGUAACAACCAUAUGGAAAGUCAGCAAAAAAGAUUGAAGCCAUUCCAAGCAAGCGUACCCAAGGCAAUAUGCACUUUCUGUAAGAGCAACGAGCACAAGCUAUCAAGUUGCCAAGAAUUUUUCAACCUAGCAACAGCCGAUAGAAUCUCCUUCCUAAAGAAUAAUAACAGUUGCUUGAACUGUCUAUCCUCCGGACAUGUGGUGUCGAGGUGCAAAAGCUCAUUUAAUUGUAGAAUAUGUCACUUGAGGCACCAUACGCUCCUCCACUCCCAGACGGUUCCGCCAAAAGCAACUUUUCCAACUAGUAAUUCCUUUUCUACAGACGACAUCGCCUCAUCUUCCGCCCAAGCCCAAGCAAGACGCGACUCUACAAAUACAAAUAACGUGCAAGCUUGCUUCGUCAAUACGAGCAAAGGGGUUCUAUUAGGAACCGCGCGUGUUAACAUAUUUUUCAAGAAUAAUAACUUUACAGUCCGCGCACUUAUAGACUCCGGAUCAGAAGCCUCUUUUAUAACCGAAAGCCUUAAACGCAAAAUCAACCUACCAUCAAAGAGAAUGCGUGCCCAGGUAUAAGGCAUCAACA